AUGCUGAAACUUUGUUUCCUCCUUCUCUUCACGGUCGUGGCUGCAAAUACUGAGAUUGUCAAUUUCUAUGCCUCUUCAGACCAACGAGCAGUAUGGAACGAAUGGCCAACGCUGAGCGCCAACGGAAGCGAAAAGCAAUGGAAAAUCUUACCGGUGCCUCUGGGAACGCCUCUAACGGACAAUACCUCUCAACUCUGGAUCAACCUGGACCUAUCGAGCAAGGAACGGACGGCCUAUACGUUACGUGUCUCGUGGGCGGCAUACUACCCGACCAACGUUUUUAUUGACGUCGUCGAUGAGCCCGCUCGAGCACACAUUCGCUUCGUCGAUGCCGGCGUCUUCACUCCAGGACGAACAAAGCAGCCUAGUCCCGUGCCGUUCAGUAUCGUCUUGGAGCGCCUGUACUUUGGUUUACUCCCGGCUUCUGUCUUACCCACUCUUGUUUUCAUGGGACCAGUCCUUCUGAUGGCAGGUCUUGCUAUCCCUUGGAUCAACGCGUAUCUGGAGAAAGUAGCAGUCGAAGCUAGGAAGGAGAGAAACGUUUGA